AUGGUCGUGUUUCGAAGCCUACGUCGCUGUUCCCCAUUUUCUAGCUCACUUAGGAGAUUGGAAAAGUUGUCGUCGAUCCGUAAUGCGAGAGGACUAGCAACAAGGGCGACAACUUCCAAGUUGAAUACCGGCGAUAACAUCCCUGCACUCGGUUUCGGAACCUUCCAAGAUGCCGAUGCCCAGGAAGACGCAGUUAAUCGAUGUCUGAAGGCAGGCUUCCGUUUGAUUGACACUGCGCAGGUCUACAAUGUUGAGCGCGAAGUCGGACGCGGCAUAAAGAAGAGUGGUGUUCCUCGCGAGGAGAUUUUCUUGGGCACAAAGCUGUGGUGCAAUACCUUUCACCCUGAAGAUGUCGAAGCCGCUCUUGAGUAUUCAUUACAAGAGCUGGAUACUUCUUAUGUUGACUUGUUGAUGAUGCACUACCCAGUGGUUUUCGCCCGUGGAGAAGAGAGGUUUCCUCGUGACUCGGAAGGGAAGAUGAUCCUCGGAAAGACAACAUAUUUGGAUACGUGGAAGGCCAUGGAGAAAUUACUCAAAACUGGCAAGGUUAAAGCUCUCGGAGUGUCAAACUUCAGCAAAGGUGAAAUCCAGACUCUGCUUGACCAAGGCUCAGUGUGGCUCCGAUCACAGGGUAUUCAUGUUAUGCAGUUCAGCCCAUUAGGAAACAUGAACCCGUUUUAUCGAGAGACUGGUUGGAGCAAAGACAUUGCGCACACUAUGGAGCGCAUCACGGAGAGUCCCUUGUUACUUGAACUUGGCCGCAAAUAUAACAAGACCCCGGUACAGAUGGCUCUCGCGUGGGGAGUCAACAAUGGACGCUCGGUCAUUCCAAAGAGUGUAAUAGAUUGGCAAAUUGAGCAAAAUCUCGAGGCCGACUUUGAGAUGGACGAGGAAGAUAUUGAGCGGAUCAAAUUUAUGGACAAGAAGGCACGAUUCAAUGACCCAAGUGCGGAUUAUCAAUACAGACUGUACGGCGAUUUGGAGGGAAUUGAAGGAACACGCGAUGGAAGGACUCAUUAG